UCUGGCCGCACCUGACACUCUCUGUCCCUGCCUCCGGCCCUCGCCCACGCUGCUCCCACUCCUCGGCCCGCUGCGCCCACGCCUCAGCGUUUCUGCGCAUGCGCUGGGAGGUCUGCGCAGGCCCAGUGGCCGAGCGGCGCCGGGGGACCUGUCAGUCCGUCCUCACCCAGCCCCACCCUGCUGAGCCCCGCCUGCUCUCCUUCGCGGCUGAGGCUACUGCCUGCGGAAAAACUGGAGGAUGAGCGGAAUCUCUGCAGUUGUUAAACUUGUCUCCAGCGCUAACCACAAGGUACUUUGAGUCUGGCCGGAAACCCCUUUCCCUGCGCCCACUCCCAACUCAGUCUCUGGUCCACUCUGCCUAUCCAGCAGCUACCUGGCUCUGCAGGGAGGCGGCCGAGCCGCCCGAGUAAGUAGUUUGUGUACGGUUACCAUGGAGACGCAGGCCGGCCGGCCGGAAGGAGCAGGCUGGCAGACCGACGGGCGGGCAGGGUGAAGAUGCUGCGGUGCUCUGCUCUGGCCUGGACCUGUGGAGGAGUCGGGGAGCCACUGGCCGUGCGGGAGUUUAAUGUACAGGGAUGGUGUAAGCGUGUAUCCUUUUUGGUAUUUUGUGCCCUGUAUAUGCAGGGUGUGGUGUCUUCCUGAAGAACAUUGUACUUUAAAAGGAAAGAUGCUGUCUCCAAAUGAUAAAAAGUUAGAAAAGCUGGAUCCAUUUUACCUACCUUCACUGUCCAAGCAGAAGACCAGUGCAGAAAUCAUAAGUGAAGCGCGAAAUGCCUUACGAACUGUUAGGACCCAAAGACCAUAUACACCACGGGAAGACCAAAGAACACUAUUUGGGCCUGCAUCUUCAAGAACACCAGAAAACAGACCUCCAUCCUCCUUCAGCGUCCAUGCAUCCAGUUUUGAGUUCUCUGAUUCCAGGCCCAUCUCUGGCACACGUCUCAGUCCACUGGAGUUUAAACCGAAAGCUCCAGCAUCUCCUGACACAGUGGAAGAUUUCUGCCUUUCCUUUCCUAAACCGCCAGUGGACCCCGCGAAGAUUAGAAGAAUAAGCAGUGCCCGGGCGCGUUUAUUCAGGGCGGCCUCCCAGGGAGCUCUUCUGCCAGCCAGGACCCUUCUUCCCACUCAGUCAAAGAGAGUGGAAUCCGAAGAAACAGUUACGACAAGGGACUCUAUGGUGAAAAUAAAUGGGAUUUACUUAACAGAAUCAAAGGCCAUAGGCCACUUAAUGCGUCAUCCACUUCAGCUAACGUAUGAUGGAGACUUCAGUAAAAUCACGGAGCAAGAUAUGUUUAAAGGGGCGACGUCCUUGCCGUUUCAUCUCAGAAGUGGAGGAGACCAGGGGAAGAGGCGUCCGAGGGCCUCCUCAAGCUCCCGCAGCCCAGACCAGAGCAGGCUGGACAUCAGACCAGGCUCAAAAGCUGACUUGCAAGAAAAGAAUACAGAAAUAGAAGUAGAUGAAGUAUUUUGGAAUACAAGGAUAGUACCCAUUUUGCAUGACUUAGAAAAAGAAGAAAACAUUGAAAUGGUCUGUGCUGCUUGCACACAACUUCAUCAUGCUUUAGAGGAAGGAAACAUGCUUGGAAAUAAAUUUAAGAGAAGAAGUGUUCUCCUGAAGACCCUAUAUAAACUAGUUGAUGUUGGCUCGGACUUGCUGAGCCUUAAACUUGCAAAAAUUAUUCUAGCACUUAAAGUGAGUGGAAAGAAUCUUCUUAAUGUUUGCAAACUUAUAUUUAAAAUUAGCAGAAGUGAGAAGAAUGAUUCUCUGAUUCAAAAUGACAGCAUUCUGGAAUCAUUAUUGGAGGUCCUGAGAAGUGAAGACCUGCAAGCUAACACCGAAGCUUUCCUGUACUGCAUGGGGACCAUCAAAUUCAUUUCUGGAAAUCCAGAAUUUCUUCAUGAAAUGAUCGGCAAAGGUGCUGUUGAAAUAUUGAUGAGUCUGAUAAAGCAAGUAAACGAGAACACCAAGAAAUCUGGGACAUGUUUGCCUAAUUCAGGCCACUUGUUAGUUCAAAUGACUGCUACACUGAGAAACUUGGUUGAUUCACCACUAGCAAGAAGUAAGUUGCUAAGCAUCAAUGCCCUUCCCCAGCUCUGCACAGUGAUGGAACAGCACAUAGGUGACAAGGAUGUCUGUACCAAUAUUGCCAGAAUAUUCAGCAAACUUACUUCUUACCAUGACUGCUGUGUAGCCUUGGCCAGCUAUUCCAGAUGUUAUGCCUUGUUUUUGAAUCUGAUAAACAAAUACCAGAAGAAGCAGGAUUUAGUUGUUCGCAUUGUUUUUAUUCUUGGCAACCUGACAGCAAAAAACAACCAGGCUCGUGAGCAGUUUUCCAAGGAGAAAGGGAGCAUCCCAACUCUGCUGUCUUUAUUCCACACAUUCUACAAACUGGAUCUGCAUUCUGGGAAGCGCUGGGGGGAAGGAGAUGAGCGUCCCAAGGCACGGAGGCCGGCCCAGGCAGAGGACGUGCUCAUCAAACUGACGCGUGUGCUCGCCAACUUGGCCAUCCACCCAGGUGUGGGCCCGGCCAUCGCCGCCCACUCGCACAUCGUUGGCCUUCUCCUCGCCACACUGGAAUCCAAGUCAAUUGAUGAUUGUGAGGAGCUGGUGAUCAACACUACGGCAACUAUCAACAACUUAUCUUACUACAAAGUGAAGAAUUCUAUAAUUCAAGACAGAAAGCUAUAUAUUGCUGAAUUGCUCUUAAAGCUCCUCGUGAGUAACAACAUGGAUGGAAUCCUGGAGGCAGUGCGUGUUUUUGGAAAUCUCUCCCAGGACCAUGACAUCUGCGAUUUCAUAGUGCAGAAAAAUGUCCACAAGUUCAUGAUUGCUCUGCUGGAUGCUAAGCAUCAGGAUAUUUGCUUUUCUGCCUGUGGUGUUCUCCUAAACCUCACCGUGGAUAGAGACAAGCGAGUCAUCCUAAAAGAAGGAGGCGGCAUUAAAAAGUUAGUGGAUUGUUUAAGAGAUUUUGGGCCUACUGAUUGGCAGCUGGCCUGCUUGGUUUGCAAAACGCUAUGGAACUUCAGUGAAAACAUUACCAAUGCUUCAUCCUGUUUUGGAGAUGAGGCUGCCAACACACUCUUAGCCCUGCUAUCAUCAUUUUUAGAUGAAGAACUAGCAUUGAAUGGGAGUUUUGACCAAGACCUAAAAAACUAUCACAAACUCCACUGGGAAACAGAAUUCAGACCGGUGGCACAGCAGCUUCUAAACCGAAUUAAGAAUCAUCACACCUUCCUGGAACCUCUGCCUAUUCCUUCUUUCUAACAUGAUGCAGAUUAACAACAGAAACAGGAAGUCAGGUCUCCAUCAUUCUUAAGAAGUGGUAACAAGCAUGAACUUUUUUCUUCAAUAUUAACAAAUAUUCAAAGUUUUUCAGGUACUUAUUUUAGUGAGUAGUCUUAGUGUAUUAAAAGAAAUAAGCAUUUCUUCUUGUCAGGUAUUGUGGAAAAAUGAAUAUACAUGUUGUGCUUCCUGCUAUGAGAAAUUUAAGAUGAAAAUGUAUUCAUGGUAUUUCUAAGUAAAUGACUUUAUUCUGUUCUCUCUAGUCUUAAAAUCCUGAUGUCACAAUUCUAGAAUUUAAUUGCUCAUCAGUUCAGUCAAUGAACUGUGUAAUGAAGACAGAUUUUAUGUACAGAAAGAAUGGUGGUCAACACUAUUAGGAAUACAUUACUACAUAAGCAUCUGCACUAAUUUUUACAGCUUUUAAUAAUUGUCUUCUGGCUAGGUACCACUAUUUUUCUGUUUGUCAUAUUGAGAGGAGGGGGAAGCAGAAAACUUUAGAGAAGAUUGCUUUGGGCCAUCUACUCUUUAUUAAAUAAGUAAUAUAGAUGAAAAAGAGAGUAUUUUCCCUUUUUAUUUUUAUUUGAAAUAAACGGAGUAGACCA